AACGAGGCUAGAAAUGGCUGACUUCAGCUGAUCGCUGACGAGUCACUGAUACAUUUUGAGGAAAAAUUCGAUAUGAAUUAGAAUAAUUUAAUUUAUUUAAGUGGAAAAAGUGAUAGCUGUACCAUUGCCAACAUGUCGGGCUUCUUCGGUCUGGAGAAUAAAGAGGUCGUGCGGAUCAAAGUUAAGAAAUGUGAUGGAAUGAUGCAGCCUGAAUAUAAGAAAUUCUCCAUAGAUCCUCAGAUUAACUCAUUUGAGAUGUUACACGGCAUUUUAGCCAGAGCAUUUGAUAUUCAAGGUGAUUUUACUAUAAGUUAUUUAGCUAAAGAUAAUGAGAGUCAAGAUGUAUAUUUAUCCAUGUUAUCAGACUGGGAUCUGGAUGCUGCUAUACAAUGUGCUGGGGAUCCAUGUCUUAGACUGAAAGUAGACUUGAAACCAUUUGAAGAAGGUCUGGAUGAUUGGGAUGUAAUAGCCCCGAACGAUAUCCCACAACAUAAAGUAUCAACAGUAUUAGAUAAGGGAUCUAUUUUAGGGUCAAUUACAGGAACUAUUAGUAACCAAGUUGGUCGUACUGUCUCCAGCAUGCAACGAGCUAUGGGUUUGAAAGGUGACGAUGAACAAUAUAAACCAUCCAAACCAGCCAUGACAGAUUCCGAAUUCCGUAAUUAUCUGGACAGCAUCGGUGUUCUUAUUAAACCGCAAGAGUUUCGAUUGGGUAUUUACCAAGGUGGAAUCGAACCUUCAUUACGACGUGUAGCGUGGCGCCAUCUAUGCAAUAUAUAUCCAGCGAAUCUGAGUGGUAAAGAACGUUUUGACUACAUGAAACAGAAGGAGAAGGAUUAUUAUAAACUCCGCGACGAAUGGAAAGAAAGGUUUCGAAAUGACACCGCGACGGAAGAAGUGAAAUAUGUCGCUUCCAUGGUAACCAAGGAUGUUUUACGAACUGAUAGGGGGCAUAAAUUCUAUGCGGGGUCGGAUGAUAACGAAAAUAUCUCCUCAUUGUUGAAUAUUCUUGUGACCUAUGCGUUGACACAUCCAGAUGUUUCUUAUUGCCAAGGAAUGAGUGACAUCGCGUCACCUAUUCUCGUGACUCAGAAGGACGAGGCUCAAGCCUAUCUUUGCUUCUGUGGACUUAUGAAAAGACUAAAAAACAAUUUCAUGCCAGACGGUGCGGCCAUUAUGCUGAAAUUUAAACAUUUAGGUUUGUUGUUGCAUCUUCACGACCCAGAUUUUUACACGUACCUACAGCAAAUAGGCGCAAACGAUUUAUUUUUUUGUUAUCGAUGGCUCUUAUUGGAGUUAAAACGUGAAUUUCCGUUCGAGGAUGCGUUGUAUAUGAAGGAAGUCAUGUGGAGUACGCUUCCACCAGAUCCUCCGUCAGUUGAACUAGAGUUAACGGAUCCAGAUUAUAGCGUUCAUCUUUUAUCCACGUCACCUUGCUCACCUACUUUCUCCUUUCAACAAACUGUUUACGCCAAAUUACUGGCCAUGAGACGGCACGGUUCAUCGCAAAGAAUGGCGGCUAACAACGAGCUGAUUCCAGGAAACUCUGCAAAUAACAACAGCAUGACGAAUUUCGAUACUUCUCCCAGCGAGGAACACGGUCUCAUUCGUUCUCAAGAUUUUCCGUGCAUAGACGAUCCGAUCACCAAAGCCAUGCAAGAAACAGCGUCAAAUAUCGACAAGCGUCUGCAUGAUAAAUCGCCCAUGGAGACGGAGAACAACAUGGAGAAUAUCAAACGGAGUCAAAAUGAUAAAAGUCUGACAGACGACAUAAAUCAGAUAAAUGGAAUACAUGAAAACCAAACGAACCAAUCGUAUGAUAGCUCUAACGGUAACUGCGAAUCUACAACGUUAACUAAGUGUUCAAUAUCUGUGACAGAACCGACCGUUUUAGACAAAACCAACAUCGGGAACGAGGAAACGGUGGAAGAGACGGAAUCGUCAGGAGCAAGACAGGAAGGAGAGGCGGGCCGAAGCCUUGAACCAGAGAGUGAACAACAAACGCAAUUCUAUAUUUCACUGGAAGCAAGUGGGGAGACAACUCCUUCUACACCUAAACAGACGCUUAAAAAUGAUUCUGGAGGAUUCUUCAGCAACAUGAAGCGAAUUAUGUCGUCUCCGAAACGCAGACCAAAUAAUAUAAGUAUUAAAGAAGCGUCAAACUCGACGGACAAUUCACAUAGAAUUAAUUCUGUGACGGAGAACGCUGUGAGAAAUAGUACUAGUCAUUUAGAGACAUCGCAUUCAUCUUUAGGUUCGAGUAAAAUGUCGGAUUCACAUAUUUCUGAUUGUGUGGAAGCCAUGGAGUCGCCUAUGUCAAGUUCGCGAGCGUCGAUUAAGUUACCUCCACCGGAAGAUUUUGGUUGCGGGAAUCCAUUUUUAAUGUUUUUGUGUUUAGGACUUAUGUUACAACAUCGUGACUAUAUAAUGGGCAAUAAUAUGGACUAUGAGGAAGUGGCUAUGUACUUCGAUAAAAUGGUUCGUCGACAUAACGUACAUAGAGUUUUGUACACGGCUAGACAAUUAUACUCCGAUUAUUUACGCGUUCAGCAGAAUUUGGUGGAGAAUUCUCAACAUGAUGACGAUUCUGGUUUUAGUGUUUAAAAUCUCCUUGGUUAUCAAUGGCAAACAAUUUCUGGCUGUGAAAAUGAUAUUAAAAAUAUUGCUGUUUGGAUAAUUGUGACUGAAGUCUUGAUCAUCAAGUCUUGUUCUAGAGAUUUGUGAUUAAAUAACUUACUGAAAAACAAUUCUGUAGUCUUGAACACCAAGUUUCUGCUUUAAAUAUUGUGAUUACAUGUAUAUCAGACAGUAUUUUGUAAUGAUGUACAUGAUGUAAACAUCCUCUUGAAAAUGGAAUCAGACUUCAUGAACAUGUGCUAAAAAAUAUAUAUAGAAAGGUCAAACUUUCGCAAAAUGUCUCAUAAAAUAACCAUACAUGUAUGUAAACCUCCAUGUUAUGGGCCAAAAAAUUGUGUUUAAUUGGUUUAAUGAGUUGUUUAAUAUCAAUUAAACGGGCUAAACCGCUAACUCAAUAUCAUCCAUUAAAUUAAAAACACGAAUUACUAUUCAAUGUUGUUUCAUUUCCAGCAAUAUUGAUGUUACCGUAUCUUACUGUGAAAAUAUCAGAUCCUCUUGUGAGUUUUCUUGGAGUCCUCCAGUUUCCUCCCACUUCUAAAGACCCCUAUGCGCAAGCAAAUUAUUGAGAUAAAAUUGAACCAUACAUGUAUGUCAGUCCCAAAAUGACCUAGUUUGUGUGGAGUGGAUGUUAAACCCAUCUCUCUCUCUCUCUCUCUCGAAGUCCUGCCACAUAUUUCACCAAAAAUAAUUGAUUAAAAAUUACAUAAUAAUGUUUUUAAAAAUUGAAUGUUAAUAACUUUCUCUGCUGCUCAACGCUCAAAAAUGGAUAAUAGAGUCUGUUUUUUUAUUGUACGCUCUUUAGUAAUGAUGAUCGAGGUAAGGCCUAAAAUUCAAUCGCUAAUAUCUCAGUUGAAAGUGGAUCAAUUUAACUUUUAUAGUGAGAACUGCCAGCUAAUCUUACCUACAUGUAAUGCCCUUUAAGUUGGGAUAACACUAAGUGAACUUAUAAAUUAUUAUUUUAAUCAACUACAUCAAUAUUUGCAUUCUGUAGCUUUUGUCAUGUUAGUUUUAUUGUCAUGUCAGUUUUAUCUCUUAUUUCCUAUCAUUUCCCCCAUAAUUCGGUGUUAGUGUUCUGUAAGACCGAUUUAUGGGGGUGGGGGGGUGUGGAUGGCUGAAUGGUUAGCUUGUGCGUGCUGUAUCAUAAAGUCUGUCAUUGAGUCAACUGGCGUGGUUUUGAUUCCCCGGUUGUACGUGACAGGGAGUAGGGUCACCUGUCCAACCUCGUGGGUUUUCUCCGGGUCUUUCGGUUUCCUCCCACUACUAAAGACCUCUACGCCCAAGCGAAUUAUGGAAAUAAAAUUGAAAACCAUAUGUUAGUCCCGAAAUGACCUAGUUUGUGUCAAGUGGACAUUAAACCCAAUUUCUCUUUCUUUCCGUUUAAUAUAGAACCUGGAAAACGAGAAAAAAAAGUAGGCUCCACGAUUUGGGCUAGCAGAAAUAGUGCAAGUCAAGCAACAGCCGGCCUGGAAAUAACGAAUUUACAUGUACUUGACAAAAUAUCAAGCACUAAUGAAAUAGUGCCUGACAUUUUCAACUUAGUGCUGGACAUGUAUUAAUAAUAUCAAUAAAAAAGACAAAUCAGUGCCAGGCACCAGAGGUUUAGUGCCUGACAAAGCAUGAAUCUGUGCAUGACAUUGUCUGUGACUGGUGCCUUGUUUCCAGGCUUGCAACAGUAAUUUUUUAGGGGUAUAACGUGUACGAUUCCUGUACUUACACAAGUUUUUAAGUAGGCCCGUGUUACGUAUAUACAUGUACAUGUAUUAUAAAUGUGUUCAUGUUUUUUUGCGCGAAUUGUGAUAUACCUGAAAGAAUAUUUGCGAUUAUGCGUCUUAUUAUUUCUAUGUGCAAUCUUGUUAUUUAAAUUUUAAGUUUUGUGAUUAAUUUUUUUUUACGUCAUAUAUUUUUUGACGUUAAUGAAAUAUAAGAUUUAUGAGUAUGAUCUCUACUUGUGUACCUGUUUGUCAAUAUUGAAAUAACAGUACUACAAUCUCCACAA